AUGGACUCCACGGGGCGCAGCGGUGGCAAGGCUUCUGAAGCACGCUCCCGCAAGUCGCCAACCCUGGCUGCCGCCGCCCGCGCUGUUGGUGGCGGCGCCGCGCCCACGCUGCAGCAGCAGGUCCAGCAGGCGCAGCAGCUGCAGCAGCGUCGCUCAGCCGCAGCACGCUCUGUGACCGGCGGUGCCGGCCUCGCGGGCUGCGCUCCGACGUGGGCGGAUGGAGCGUGGCACCCUAUGGCCGUCAUGGUGCAGUCUGGGCAGCACAAAAACGGCGGCACGGGCGUUUUCAUUCCCGGGGGCGCCCGCGUGCUCGCGGCCGCCCCGAGCGCAUCUAGCGACGCGAGCAGCUGCUCAACACCCGCCGGCGGAACCACCUCCCCCAACGCGCCCGGCUCGCCGACCGGUGUCGCCGCAGCCCACCAUCACCCGCAGCAGCAGCAGCAGCAGCAGCAGCAGCAGCAGCAGCAGUCAAACAGCGCCGCUGCCGCGGCAGGGUCCCGCAUAGCACAAGCGGCCAGCCCGCAGCAACUGCCCUCUGUGCGGCCGUCCUCGGCCACUGCACGGCCACAGGCGCUGCCGCAGCAGCAGAAGCACUGCAGCGAGCCCAAUGUUGUCCCUGCCGUUCGUGGCAGCCGUCGCACCCUGGACAUGCGCCCCAUGCUGCCCGAUUGGGCGCCCCAGCAGCACCGCCUGAGCGAGGGCGCCCUCGCAUGCAACCCUGCGCAGCACCCACCAGCCGUCGCCGCCAGCGACCCGGCGUCCCCCAACCAGGGCGUCAGCAACGCCGCAGCCGCCGCCGCCGCGGCCGUCAACGCGGCCGCGCAGGCGCUCGCCGCCGCGCAAGCCGCCGCCCAGGCCGCCGCCGCCGAGGGCGCCGGCGCCGCUGGCGGCGCGGACGCGCUGUCCCUCCAGAUCGCGCUGCUGCAGCUCCAGCAGCAACAGCUGCAGCUGCAGCAGCUGCAGCAGCAGGCCGGCAUGCGGCAGCUGCAGCAGGACGCGCUGAUGCAGCAGCUCGUGGCCGCAGGGGUCUGCGGCGACCAGGGGCCCCAGGUCCUGCCGAUCCCCUCGCCCCAGGCGCCGCUGCUGUCAGGCAACGACGGCAUCCUCUGGCCCGCGGGCGGCGGCGCGUUCUGCCAGGCCUACGGCCCGGCCGACGACUUUGGGGAGCAGCUCUCCUGCCCCGUCUUCAGCGGCAGCGUGGGCGGCGCGCCCACGGCGGCACUGAUAUGCGACCCCUCUGGGUGCUUCAUGUCGGGCCCCCAUGCCGUCGGCGCGCCCGGUGGGGUGGCUUCUGCGCCGAUCUUUGACGGUGCGCUGCUCUACGGCGGCGCCGACCUUGCGCUUUCCGGCCCCUGCCUGAGCGGCCCCAUGGGCUGCGCGCCGGCGACGACGGGCGUGCUCGGCGGGAUGGGUGGGCUGGCGACCAUCGACGAGGCCACGUUGGGGCUGGGGGCGUUCAGCAUCCGGCCCGGCGCGGGCCGCCUGACAGGCGGCUGGUGA